CGCUGGCGCGAGCCCGCGACCAGCGCGAUCCGGGGAAAGCCAGAGUAGGAGCGGGAGAGCGGGGCCAGGUAACCGGCACGGUCCAGCUGCUGGCGUUUGGUUUGGGCGCCCGCAGAGAUGCCCGGGCCCAAAAGAGAUGCUGGAGAGGCGGGUGUGAGCGGAAGGGCUCCUUCGUAACCGAGGCUGACUGGGGAGAGUCUAUCUAGGCAUAUACUGUGAGCCAAGCACUGUUGUAAGCACUUUACAUGAACUGCUUCCCAAAGUUCUAUGAGGUGCAUCGGGGUGACCGUCUGGUUUCAGCAAGAUGACGCUCCAUGCCACCCGGGCAGCUGCACUCCUCUCUUGGGUGAACAGUCUACACGUGGCUGACCCCGUGGAGGCCGUGCUGCAGCUCCAGGACUGCAGCGUCUUCCUCAGGAUCAUUGACAGCAUCCAUGGCACUGACGAAGGGCAGCAAAUCCUGCAGCAGCCGGUGCCAGAGAGACUGGAAUUUGUGUGCAGUUUUCUGCAGAAAAACCGAAAACAUCCCUCUUCUCCAGAAUGCCUGGUGUCAGUGCAAAAGGUGAUGGAGGGAUCAGAGCUGGAACUUGCCAAGAUGACCAUGCUGCUCUUGUACCACUCUUCCAUGAGCUCCAAAAGUCCCAGGGACUGGGAACAAUUUGAAUACAAGAUUCAGGCUGAGUUAGCUGUCAUUCUCAAAUUUGUGCUGGACCAUGAGGAUGGGCUAAACCUGAAUGAGGACUUAGAGAACUUCUUACAGAAAGCUCCUGUCCCUUCCCCCUGUUCCAGCACCAUCUCUGAAGAGCUCUCCCCACCCAGCCACCAGGCCAAGAGGGAGGUUCGCUUCCUAGAGCUACAGAAAGUCGCCUCUUCCAGUGGGAACAACUUCCUCUCAGGUUCUCCAGCCUCCCCCAUGGGUGACAUUCUGCAGACCCCACAAUUCCAGAUGAGGCGGCUGAAGAAGCAGCUUGCAGAUGAGAGAAAUAAUCGAGACGAGCUGGAGCUGGAGUUGGCUGAGAACCGCAAGCUCCUCACAGAGAAGGAUGCGCAGAUAGCCAUGAUGCAGCAGCGCAUCGACCGCCUGGCUCUGCUGAACGAGAAGCAGGCGGCCAGUCCACUGGAGCCCAGGGAGCUUGAGGAGCUCCGUGGCAAGAAUGAGAGCCUCACCAUACGGCUCCACGAAACUCUGAGGCAGUGCCAGGACCUGAAGACAGAGAAGAGCCAGAUGGAUCGCAAAAUUAACCAGCUUUCUGAAGAGAAUGGGGACCUUUCCUUUAAGCUGCGGGAGUUUGCCAGUCACCUGCAGCAACUACAGGGGGCCCUCAAUGAACUGACAGAAGAGCACAGCCAGGCCACUCGGGAGUGGGUGGAGAAGCAGACCCAUCUGGAGAAGGAGCUCGGCACAGCCCUGCAGGACAAGAAAUGCCUUGAAGAGAAGAAUGAAAUCCUUCAGGGAAAACUUUCACAGCUGGAAGAACAUUUGGCCCAGCUGCGGGAGAACCCACCCCGGGAGAAGGGCGAGGUGCUGGGUGACGUCUUGCAGCUGGAAACUCUCAAGCAAGAGGCAGCCACUCUCGGUGCAGACAACACCCAGCUCCAAGCCAGAGUGGAGGUGCUGGAGACUGAGCUUGGCCAGCGGGAAGCCAAGCUGCUUGCCGAGCGGAGCCACUUUGAAGAAGAAAAGCAGCAGUUGGCCAGCCUGAUUGCCGAGCUGCAGGGCUCCCUGUCCCACCUUGGCCAGGCCAAGGAAGAGCUGGAGCAGGCCUCUCAGGCUCAGGGGGCCCGGCUGUCUGCCCAGGUGGCCACGAUGACCUCCGAGCUCACCACCCUCAAUGCCACCGUCCAGCAGCGGGAUCAAGAACUGGCUGGCCUAAAGCAGCAGGCCCAAACAGAGCAGGCGCAGCUCGCGCAGACCCUCCAGCAGCAGGAACAGGCCUCCCAGAGCCUCCGCCAGCAGGUGGAGCAGCUGAGCAGCAGCCUGAAGCAGAAGGAACAGCAGUUGGAAGAGGCCGCCAAGGAGCAGAAGGCCACCCGGCGAGACUACACCCAGCAACUGGCCACUGCGGCUGAGGAGCGGGAGGCCUCUUUACGGGAGAGAGAUGUAGCCCUCCAGCAGCUGGAGGCGUUGGAGAAGGAGAAGGCCGCCAAGCUGGAGGUCCUGCAACAGCAGCUUCAGGCUGCUAGUGAAGCCCGGGACAGUGCCCAGACCUCGGUGAUACAGGCCCGGCGGGAGAAGGCAGAGCUGAGCCAGAAGGUGGAGGAACUCCAUGCCCAUGUUGAGGCAGCUCACCAGGAGCGGUGUGAGGUGCAAGCCCAAGUGGUAGAGCUGAAGGCCCAGCUGAGGUCUGAGCAGCAAAAAGCAACCGAGAGAGAAACGGUGGCCCAGGAGAAGGCCCAGCUCCAGGAGCAGGUCCGGGCCCUUGAGGAGUCCUUGAAGGUCACCAAGGGCAGCCUGGAAGAGGAGAAGCGCAGGGCUGCAGACAUCCUGGCAGAGCAGCAGCGAUGCAUCUCCAGGCUGGAGGCAGAGACCCGGAGCCUGGUGGAGCAGCACAGGCAGGAACAGAAGGAGCUGGAAGAAGAGAAGGCUGGGCGCAGGGGGCUGGAGGCCCGAUUACAGCAGCUCGGGGAGGCCCAUCAGGCCAAGACAGAAGCCCUGCGGCAGGAGCUGGCCGAGGCCAUAGCCUCCCAGCGCGAGGCCGAGAGUGAGUGUGAGCAGCUUGCCAAGGAGGUGGCCACCUGGCGUGAGCGGUACGAGGACAGCCAGCAAGAGGAGGCGCAGUACGGCGCCAUAUUCCAGGAACAGCUGAUGACCCUGAAGGAGGAAUGCGAGAAGGCCCGCCAGGAGCUGCAGGAGGCAAAGGAGAAGGUGGCAGGGAUAGAGGCCCACAGCGAGCUCCAGAUCGGCCGGCAGCAGAGUGAGCUUGCUCAGCUUCACGCCAGCCUGGCCAGGGCCCUGCAGCAGGUCCAGGAGAAGGAGGUCAGGGCCCAGAAGCUCGCAGACGACCUAUCUGCUCUGCAGGAGAAGAUGGCUGCUACCAGCAAGGAGGUGGCCCGCCUGGAGGCCUUGGUGCGCAAGGCGGGUGAGCAGCAGGAGACGGCCUCCCAGGAGCUACUCAAGGAGCCGCCCAGGGCAGGAGACAGAGAGUCGGAGUGGCUGAAAGAGCAUCAGGGACGCCCGUUCUGCAGCACGCAGGCUGCACUGCAGGCCAUGGAGCGUGAGGCAGAGCAAAUGGGCAGUGAGCUGGAGAGGCUGCGGGCCGCGCUGAUGGAGAGCCAGGGGCAGCAGCAGGAGGAGCGUGGGCAGCAGGAGAGGGAGGUGGCGCGGCUGACCCAGGAGCGGGGCCGGGCCCAAGCCGACCUUGCCUUGGAGAAGGCCGCCAAGGCAGAGCUUGAGAUGCGGCUGCAGAAUGCCCUCAAUGAGCAGCGUGUGGAGUUUGCCGCCUUGCAGGAGGCACUGGCCCACGCCCUGAUGGAAAAGGAGGGGAAGGAUCAGGAGCUGGCCAAGCUUCGUGGGCAGGAGGCAGCCCAGGGGGCAGAGCUGAAGGAGCUUCAGCAAACCGUGGAGCGACUGAAGGAACAGCUGGCCAGGAAGGAGGAGGAGUGCCCACAGUCUCUAGGGAUGGCCAGCCGAGAAGACGCUUCCGGGUCGGGAGCCCAGUCUGAGGCUACUGGAAAGACAGAGCAAAAAGGCCCGGAGCUGGAGGCUCUGCGGGCAGAGGUGAGCAGGCUGGAGCAGCAGGUCCGCGAGUACCAGGAGAAGGCCUCCAGCCUGGAGCGCAGCCUCGAGGCUGAGCGCGCCUCCCACGCGGAGCGGGCCGGUGCUCUGGAGACUUUGCGGGGCCAGUUAGAGCAGAAGGCCCAGGAGCUGGGGAGCGGUCAGGACACCUUAGCCUCAGCCCAGAGGGAGCUGGCCACCCUCCGCACCAAGGUCCAAGAGCACAGCAAGGCUGAGGAUGGGUGGAAGGCACAGGUGGCCCGGAGUCAGCAGGAGGCUGAGAGGAAAAACAGCCUCAUCAGCAGCUUGGAGGAGGAGGUGUCCAUCCUGAACCGCCAGGUGCUGGAGAAGGAAGGCGAGAGCAAGGAGUUGAAGCGGCUGGUUAUUGCCGAGUCAGAGAAGAGCCAGAAGGUGGAAGAGAGACUGCGUCUGCUCCAGGCAGAGAUGGCCAGCAGCAGCGCCAGGGCUGCAGAACGCAGUUCUGCUCUGCGGGAGGAGGUCCAGACCCUCCGGGAGGAGGCGGAGAAGCAGCGGGUGGCUUCCGAGAGCCUGAGGCAGGAGCUGGCCUCGCAGGCAGAGCGAGCGGAAGAGCUGGGCCAAGAGUUGAAGGCCUGGCAGGAGAAGUUCUUCCAGAAGGAGCAGGCCCUCUCUUCCCUGCAGCUUGAGCACACUAGCACGCAGGCCCUGGUGAGCGAGCUGCUGCCCGCUAAGCACCUGUGCCAGCAGCUGCAGGCUGAGCAGGCAGCCACUGAGAAACGCCAUCGAGAGGAGCUGGAGCAGAGCAAGCAGGCAGCUGGUGGGCUGCGGGCGGAGCUGCUGCGGGCCCAGCGCGAGCUCGCGGAGCUGGUGCCCCUGCGGCAGAAGGUGGCGGAGCAGGAGCGAGCAGCCCAGCAGCUGCGGGCAGAGAAGGCCAGCUACGCAGAGCAGCUGAGCAUGCUGAAGAAGGCUCAUGGCCUGCUGGCGGAGGAGAACCGGGGGUUGGGCGAGCGGGCCAACCUCGGCCGGCAGUUUCUGGAAGUGGAGCUGGACCAGGCCCGGGAGAAGUACGGCCAAGAGCUGGCAGCUGUGCGUGCUGAGGCUGAGACCCGUCUGGCCGAGAUGCAGCGGGAAGCACAGAGUACUGCCCGGGAGCUGGAGGUGAUGACUGCCAAGUACGAGGGUGCCAAGGUCAAGGUCCUGGAGGAGAGGCAGCGUUUCCAGGAGGAGAGGCAGAAACUCACUGCCCAGGUGGAGCAGCUAGAGUUAUUUCAGAGAGAGCAAACUAAGCAGGUGGAAGAACUGAGUAAGAAGCUAGCUGACCAUGACCAAGCCAGCAAGGUGCAGCAGCAGAAGCUGAAGGCCCAGGGAGGUGAGAGCCAGCAAGAGGCCCAGCGCCUCCAGGCCCAGCUGAACGAGCUGCAGGCCCAGCUGAGCCAGAAGGAGCAGGCGGCUGAGCACUACAAGCUGCAGAUGGAGAAGGCCAAGACUCAUUAUGAUGCCAAGAAGCAGCAGAACCAAGAGCUGCAGGAGCAGCUGCGGGGCCUGGAGCAGCUGCAGACAGAGAACAAGGAGCUGCGGGCUGAAGCGGAUCGGCUGGGCCGGGAGCUGCAGCAGGCUGGGCUGAAGACCAGGGAGGCCGAGCAGACCUGCCGUCACCUCACCGCCCAGGUGUGCAGCCUGGAGGCACAGGUUGCCCAUGCUGACCAGCAGCUUCGGGACCUGGGCAAGUUCCAGGUGGCGACUGACGCCUUAAAGAGCCGGGAGCCCCAGGCUAAGCCUCAGCUGGACUUGAGCAUUGACAGCCUGGAUCUGAGCUGCGAGGAGGGGACCCCACUCACUAUCACCAGCAAGUUGCCUCGUACCCAGCCAGAUGGCACCAGCAUCCCUGGAGAGCCAGCCUCGCCCAUCUCCCAGCGUCUGCCCCCCAAGGUAGAAUCCCUGGAGAGUCUCUACUUCACCCCCAUCCCCGCUCGGGGUCAGCCCCCCCUGGAGAGCAGCCUGGACUCCUUGGGGGAUGUCUUCCUGGACUCAGGCCGGAAGACCCGCUCCUCUCGUCGGCGCACCACGCAAAUCAUCAACAUCACCAUGACCAAGAAGCUAGAUGUGGAGGAGCCAGACAGCGCCAACUCCUCCUUCUAUAGCACACAGUCUGCCCCUGCUUCCCAGGCCGGCCCGAGAGCUGCCUCCUCCACCCAGUCUCUGGCCCGCCUGGGCUCUCCCGACGACGGCAACUCAGCUCUGCUAAGCCUGCCUGGCUACCGGCCCACCACUCGCAGCUCUGCUCGCCGCUCCCAGGCUGGGGUGUCCAGUGGGGCCCCUCCAGGCAGGAACAGCUUCUACAUGGGCACUUGCCAGGAUGAACCUGAGCAGCUGGAUGACUGGAACCGCAUUGCAGAGUUGCAGCAGCGCAAUCGAGUGUGCCCCCCGCACUUAAAGACCUGCUACCCCCUGGAGUCUAGGCUUGGCUCCACCGAACACUUCCUCUACCCCACGCAGCCUUCCCUGAGCCUGCCUACCAUCACAGAUGAGGAGAUAAAAACCGGUGACCCCCGGGAGACCCUGCGCCGAGCCAGCAUGCAGCCAACCCAGAUAGCUGAGGGUGCUGGCAUCACCACCCGGCAGCAGCGCAAACGGGUCUCCUCAGAGCCCCAUCAGGGCCCUGGCACCCCCGAGUCUAAAAAGGCCACCACCUGUUUCCCACGCCCCAUGACUCCCCGGGACCGACAUGAAGGGCGCAGACAGAGCACUACCGAGGCCCAGAAGAAAGCAGCUCCAGCUGUUGUUAAACAGGCUGACCGCCGCCAGUCGAUGGCCUUCAGCAUCCUCAACACACCCAAGAAGCUCGGGAAUAGCCUUCUGCGGAGGGCAGCCUCGAAGAAAGCCCCAUCCAAGGCCUCCCCCAACCCCCGCAGUGGGACCCGCCGCUCUCCUCGCAUCGCCACCACCACAGCCAGUGCCGCCACUGCCACCUCUCGGGCCAAGGGCAAGGUGGAGGCACUGACAGGGAAGGGAGAGGGUUCAGCUCUUAGGAACCUGGCAAAGCACUAAAGAGCCGGUACCAGUGAGUGGCCCCACCUGUGUCCUUGAUGCUGCCCUCGCCUGGUCCUUCUUUUUCUGUCCCUUUCAGUGCCUUCUCUCAGCUCCCAGGCCAACAGUGGCCAAACCCCUAUAGACAGUGACGCCUGCCCACACCCCGGCCUGGUACCCGGACCUUCGCCAGGUGAACAGGUGUGUCCUCAAGAGUUGGCCCGGAGCCUGGAUAGUCUGGGCCCUCUCCCUGCCUCGCCUCCUGAUGUUUUCUUAGAGCAGUCACUUCUCCAUCACCAUCACAACCAGAUUUGGGGCUGGCUUUGAGUGGCUGGGUCCUUGGGCCCAGUCAGUCCUCCUCUCAGCCUCUGGAUCUAGAAGGGACCAUUGGAGGAGCAGGCCCUGGUCCCUGCUGCUCCCGGUGGCUGGGCCGAGCAAGGGCCCUUGCUUUUGAAGUCCAGGACUGGGCAUUGACCUAGUGGGAGCGCCCCACCCCCCAGGUGCUCCCAUCCACCCAAGGGCACAGUUGCCCAAAGGAUGCUCUUUUCCAGGAGAAAUGGGCCCUGUGCCUCGGUGGGGGACGGGGGGGGGCAGCCUUCAGUGGCAGCUCAUCCCCUUCCUUCCCCAGAUUUCACUGGGUGGGAUUUGGAGUGAUGGGAAGGUUUUUAAGGGCCAGGGAUGGAUCUUUUCUAAAUGUUAUUACUUGUAAAUAAAGUCUAUUUUUCUCCCUUGAA